AUGGUCAACAACAGACUCAACUGGGCAAGAUGUAACUACUGGCAAAGGGGGAGAAUCAGCCCAAACACGGCCACCAGCCAGCCCGUUACCCAGAAUGAAAUGAAUCCCCUCAAUGGGCAACGCCGGACGCACACCAACGGCUACCUCGCCCUUCACCAGCUCACAGUCCAGGACCAACUUAUGCGCAAAGGACCCGAGAACACAUGUCCCGAGGACAGCCAUGCCCUCCCCAAGGGAGAGCAGCAGGGAGCCGUGCCGGGAAGCCCCCCCGCCGACAGAGACCGAGAACACGGGAGAACCAGGAACGACAGCCCCCCAGCCCAGCCAGAGGCCACCCCCGUCCCUGAGUGCAGGGGGGGUGCCAAAACCAACUCCGCCAAGACCAGCCGCCACACCCCCGGGACCACCGGACGCCCCCACUGCGAGACAGCUGGCAGCGGAAAACAGCGGGAGCCCACCCCUGUCAAAGAGGGCCUCGGCAAAGAGAGGAGACAAUGGAUCCCAGGCCCAGGGACACGCCACCCACCCAAGAUGAGCCCAGCACAGCCCCGACUAAACCCACCCCCAUCCCAUGCCCUGAAGGAGCCCAGCACAGCCCCAACUAAACCCCCCCCCAUCCCAGGCCCGAAGGAGCCCAGCACAGCCCCAACUAAACCCACCCCAUCCCAUGCCCGAAGGAGCCCAGCACAGCCCCGACUAAACCCCCCCAUCCCAUGCCCCAAACCCAGCACAGCGCUGACCGAAACCCCCCACAGAGGGGAGGUGGGGCCAAAACCAACCCAACCAAUACCGGCCGCCGCACCCACAGGACCACUGGACGGCCCCACUGCGAAAGAGCUGGCAGCGGAAAACAGCGGGAGCCCCACCCCUGUCAAAGAGGGCCCCGGCAAAGAGGGGAGACAAUGGAUCCCAGCCCCAGGGAGCACCGUCAGCACCCCAGAGCACCCCCACCUCCUCCCGGAGCAGCCCAGCACAGCCCCGAUCACAACCCUCCCCACCCCCAAAGCAGCCAAGUACAGCCCCCGAGGCCCCGGGGCUCCAGGGCCCAGCACAGCCCCGACCAAAACCCCACCCCCUAUCCACCCAUUGUCUUCUCUCCUCGCCGGGGCCCUCCUUGACGGGAGUGGAUCUCCGCUGUUUUCUCCUUCCAGCUCUCUCGCAGUGGGUGCCCCCGAGCACACCCAGCACAACCCUACCAAACCCCCCACCCCCCCCGAAGCAGCUCAGCACAGCCCUACCAACCCCCCCACCCCCCCGAAGCAGCCCAGCACAGCCCCAACUAAACCCCCCACCCCCGAAGCAGCCCAGCACAGCCCUACCAACCCCCCCACCCCCCCGAAGCAGCCCAGCACAGCCCCAACUAAACCCCCCACCCCCCCCGAAGCAGCCCAGCACAACCCUACCAAACCCCCCACCCCCCCGAAGCAGCCCAGCACAGCCCCAACUAAACCCCCCACCCCCCCCGAAGCAGCCCAGCACAACCCUACCAAACCCCCCACCCCCCCGAAGCAGCCCAGCACAACCCUACCAAACCCCCCACCCCCCCGAAGCAGCCCAGCACAGCCCGACCAAACCUCCCCACCCCCCGAAGCGGCCCAGCCCCGACUAAACCCCCCACCCCCCCCGAAGCAGCCCAGCACAGCCCGACCAAACCUCCCCACCCCCCGAAGCGGCCCAGCACAGCCCGACCAAACCUCCCCACCCCGAAGCAGCCCAGCACCAUAG